UUGUCAAAGAGGAUGGGACAGUGCUAAUGGCUCACUGCACCUGUAAAGCAGGAUUGGGUGAAGCAUGCUCCCAUGCAGCCGCACUGAUGUAUGCACUACUAGCAGCAGUCAAUGUCAAAGAUGGACAGUCCAGCACUCAGAAGGCCUGUGCCUGGGUCAUUCCAGGCAAAACAUCUCAAAUCCAGUAUGAGGAACUGAGCAAAAUAUCAAUGACCAAGAAGAAUAAAUCAAAAUCCACUACACUGCCCAGCAUUCCUGUCCCUUCAGAGGAUGAAUACACGAGGUUCUUCCAACAGCUGCAUGAGUGUGAUGUCCAGGAAGGAAAUCCCAACGGAACGGCUAUUUUGUCUAUCAUCGCGGGUCACUCUGACAAAUACAUACCAAAGACUGUCCAACUGAACUUGCCACAACCUCUGACAAGUCUCUUCUCGAAUGCAAGAUUACAAGCAGAUUUAUCAUCACCACUGGUAGAGAGUGAAAAGGUCUUUGAUGAUCUUCAGCUAACGGUAAAAGAGUCAUUUUCAGUAGAAAAGGCAACUAGAGAACAGUCAGCCAGCAAGGUGUGGUUUGAGCAAAGAGCAGGCAGAGUCACAGCAUCGGUCUUCCAUGAGGCAGGCAGGACGGACAGUGCCAUAUCCUUGAUUAAAAGGAUUUGUUACCCUCGAUCCUGUCAGGUUUCUACUGAGUCAGUGAGGUAA